AUGUUCUCGCUUGUGCCAGCCGUUAGUGUUCGAACGCGGCAAAUCUACCCCUCCUCUUCCUGCUCCUCCUCAUCUGAUCUUCUACCAUUUUUGUUUCUCGCUCUUUCCUCUUUCAUCUCCUUUCCUCCUUUUCCCCUUCCAAAUCUUCUACCAUUUGUGUUUUUCCCUCUACUCUUUUCUUUCUCCUUCCUCCCCUUUUCGCCUCCUGCAUUUAGAAUCUACCCUCCUCUUCCUGCUCCUCCUCAUCUGAUCUUCUACCAUUUUGUUACCCGCUCUUUUCCUCUCCUCCUCCUCUUCCCUUUAAUUUCAAUCUACCCUCCUCUUCCUGCUCCUCCUCAUCUGAUCUUCUACCAUUUUUGUUUUCCGCUCUUUUCCUCUCCUCCUCCUCUUCCCCUUCCAAAUUCGUCUCUUUCUUCUCCUUUUCGCCUCCUGCUUUUAGAAUCCCCCUCCUCCUCCUGCUCCUCCUCAUCUGAUCUUCUACCAUUUUUGUUUCUCGCUCUUUUCCUCUCCUCCUCCUCUUCCCUUCCAAAUUCGUCUUUUCUUUCUCCCUUUUCGCCUCCUGCUUUUUAG